AUGCGGCCAGCAGCUGUGGUUGGCCCCUCGGGCGUGAGAAGUGUGGCAACCACCGGUGGGAAUCCGAUGCCGCCCGAGCCCGCCUGGCGCCGAGCGGUGAGGUGGGAGCUGACCCGGGCUGCUGAUCGGCACCGCGGGAGCGAUUCGGGCAAGAUCCCCAGCCCAACAUUGACCGUCGUGGAGCACAAGCACUGCAAGUCCGCUGUCGGCCAGUUGAUCUGGACCAUGAUGGUUGGCUGA